UGAUCAAACAUCGAAAUUUACAUUUUGCAUUUCAAUAACAUGCUUUGUUUUUGUUGAGGACAAUAUUUUUAUACGCUUCAUCGAGCGCAUAUCGCCAUCUUUUGCACAGCUGUUUGCAGCUGCUUCUAAAUUAAACGCGUUCUUUGGUUGUGUAUUUAUUGAGAAUACACUCAAGCAUUAGUAUGCAAAUCGUUUCAGAAGAGGGAUCGUUCAAGAACGUAGAUGGAAGGAACAUUUUUACCAAAUAUUGGAAACCAAGCCACAAGAAACCCAGGUGAGCAUAGACCUUGUCACGGUUUUCGACGCCAUCUUGACGAGCAGGCAAAUGCGUGAGAAAUUACAGUGUUUGUAUGAGAAUCUAAUGUCGAAUAAUUUUCGUAGAACAGAUGUUCUGAAAAAAAUAUCAACUGUAAACUAAAGCUUCACUCCUAAGGAUUCUACAGAAAAAAUUAAGAGCGUUACAUGCGCUAGAAGACCUAGAACCACUUUUUAAAAUUUUCUAUACAGUGUCUGUAAGAAAGUCCCUGGAAAAAUUACAGACAAAUAUAUGGAAAAUCUAAAGCAAGCCAGAAAUUUAAGCACAGGUACUCCCCCAAAAUUUUUCAGUGCAAUCCUUUGCUUGGUAGCUUUAGUUUACAAUUGCUUUUUUUUUCAGAACAGCCGUUUUACGGAAAUUAUUCGACAUUAGAUUUCAUACAAACACUGUAAUUUCUCACACGUUUGCCUACUCGUCAAGAUGGCGUCGAAAACCGUGACAAGGUCUAUUAUCAGUAGUUUAUUUCUUGAAGUUCAAAUCACGCUCUUCAAAAAUUACUGCUAAAACAGCGAAAUUAGCGCAAAAUCGACCUUUACAAUUCUUUUUGUCGCCAAAAGAAGUGUAUUUUACUUUGCUACAGUCAAAAGUGCAUCGACCUGGCUAAAUGAUUAAUCAAGUUAUUUUUAUUGUCAUUAUAAUAGAUAGGUUUAUGCUAAUGGGAGUCAGAGCGAGGGAAUGAAAUCAAACGAGCAAAGCAAAGUUAACUUGAAAAAAGUCAUCUAAACGAAUAGUGAAAAUUAAAUUCCAAGCAUGCACGAGAUGUCCAAUGUUGACUCGCCUUAACUCGCACAAACUCGCAACCGGAUAGGCAAGCUCGAACAAUCUCGCGGCGAGUUAAGGUUCCAGAGUAGGCCUGUUGACUUUUUGCUAGAGUGUUUAUAAGUCGAAACGCUUUAAAAUUACACGUUGAGCCAAGCCGGGCCCUGGUUUCCAUCUCUGAGGAUCGGUACAAUAGCUGACAAAAAAUCUGAAUGAUAGUAGCUAUCUAUUCAUAGCGAAAUCAGUUAGUCGGAAGGUGGUGGGCAAAAAUAUGGCCAUCCGAAGAAUACAAAAAUUGAAGAAAAUAAACUAAACCUUCGUAUUAAAAGAAAUUAAUUGUAAUACAUCAUGCAGUUAAUUACUCAUUUGCUGUGCUCGGAAGGAUUCUAAAUGAUUUAUAGCACAAAAUUGAAAGUCUCUUGAUCAUUGAUAACACAAAUAACAACAGAUUUUCGUGGUUAUUUCCUCGAUAGAGCAUUGGUCUUUAUCUGCCAUGGAUAUGGAGAGCAUUGUUCACGUUACGAGAGGCUUGGAAAUGCUUUAGCUGAACAAGGCUACCUCGCCUUUAGUCAAGAUCACGGUAUGUCCCACCCCGUCUCUUGUUCAAUCUCUUCCGUGAUACAGUAACUGCAUCCAAGAACCAUGACUGUAUCUAAUCAUACUUUCUCAGGAUAAAGAAGAAUCGGGGUUUUUGAAUUCAAUUUAUGAUGUUAUGGGCAGGUGGUGGUAAUCUAAAACUAAAAAAAAUACGUGUAUUGAAGAACCUUUAUUUUGAACUAAAAAAAACAAUUAUGAGCUAGGCUGACUGAGGACUGGAGGCGCAGUCUAGACAAUAAAGAGAUCGUGGCGGUUAUAUCAAUGGAUUUGUCAAGGAAGGUGGCCCGUAAAAUGUCAUGGAGGGAUAAAGAUAGAUUUUGGGGGGAUCACUUGAUUUUUAGGAGAAAACUGGACCAUUCAGAGGGGGGACCACUCAAAUCUGCUUGAACAAUGCCAGUUUUUUGCAUUUUCAAUCUCAAUUUGAAUUCAGUUUAUGAUGCAUGAUGGGCAGACCUGGUGAAUACAAAGUACAAAAAAGACAGGAAAUAGUGUGAUAUAAACCUUCAAAAGCUUAUUUUUGACAAUAAAUCGAGGAUAAAUAAAGUUUAUGUAUGUAUGUAUGUAUGUAGGAAAUAGUGAUUCUAUUAGACAAUAAAUCUUUCUAUUAGUUGGUCAUGGUCAGAGUGAAGGAGAAAGAGCCCAAAUAUCAGAUUUUUCCUUUUACGUCAAAGAUGUUUUUAAACACAUUGACCAAGUCACAGCAGACAACACAGGCAUACCAAUAUUUAUGUUUGGCCACUCAAUGGUAUGUACUGUUAUAAAAACGUUAUUGGAACUCUGCCCCUUUUUUCGUUUUGUUUGUUUGUUUGUUUGUUGUUGUUUUGUAUUUUUUUUGAAGGCAUAGAUGGUAGGUUCUCGGGUCCCGUGUGAGGCUCGCGCGCUUCGCGCGUGUAAGACUCCUACGCCACGCUUUACCGAUUUCGUUACUGAUUUUGAGAAAAAAACCGACUGUUUUGCAGUCUAGUCCCCUAACCGCGUCGAUCACAGGAAUACAAGUAUAUGUUAAUUACGAUCAGGAAGGCCUGAUUACGAUAAAGACGCCAAGCCCAUCAUGCUUUGCGGUUGGUUCUUAAUGUCGCGCUCUUGCCGGUUUGUUUUGAUAACAUAGAUAGCCUGUGAAUUAUUUUUAACUCUUUUCAAGUCUGGCUUCAAUGCACUUAAAUCACAUAUUACGAAAACACUGAUACAGUCGAACCUCCAUAUGCGACCACCUCUCGUAAACAACCACCUCUCGUAAAAGAUCACCAGCCUUAAGCGACCGCGUUAGAGAGAUUUCCCAUUGUUUUUAACCUCCUAAAAAGCGACCCCUUAACCAUUUGUCUGAACUCUUAUGUUCGCUGUAAGCUACUAGGAGUAUACGAAGAACUUAAGUAACAACAUGUAUUAAACUGAGAAAGAAAUCGGUGCAGUAAAUUUUCUGCUUUACUAGAUGUGCCCGGAAAUCUACUCCAAGGAAGUGUCGUAAGCGACCUCCUUCUGUAAGUGACCACCAAGUCUUAGCCUUUACAGUGGUCGCGUACGGGAGGUUUGACUGCCCUUAAAAAUUUCAUGUUAUGAUGUUAUUAACUUAUGCAUUAUUCUUUUUAGGGUGGUACAAUAGCUGUUCUCAGUGUUAUGGAAAGACCUUAUUUCUUUGCGGGUGCUAUUCUCAGUGCACCAAGCAUAAAAGUGGAAGCCAAUCCUUGCACGGUAAUUUAUUGCUCCACUUGCUACAAAUAAUAAACGAAAACACAAUGCAAGGACUGUUUCUCUUUUCUUAGAGUGCCGUCAAUGCAAAAACAGGAUACAGCAAACUCAAAACGGAAAAACACAACCAGAAAACAGAAAUACAAAUCCCAAAACAGAAAUAAACAUCCCAAAGCGGAAACACGUACAAAAAAAUACAAAACUGAACCACAAAACUGAAAGAGAAUUUAAAAAUACAAACCACGAUCAAAAACCCCAAAACAGAAACAAUGAAAUAAUGUAAAACAAUAGUUUCUUAUGAUUCAUCGUCUUUUAAUUAUCUUAACCCGCGAUCAGGCGGUUUUUUUUAUAGGGAGGGCAUGAUCACAGGCUAUAAUAGCCCAUUUCCAAGUUCCAAAAACUCUCGCUUUAAUAACGAGGCUAAAGGAACAGUUAAACGGGCAACAAAUUGCUGCAGAACGAGUCCAAAAGCGAUGCUGCGCGCUUUAUUGCCCACAAAUCAAACCUUGUAGCAAAUAAGAUUCACUGUUGCAAGUUGCGUAAAUACUGACUCCUGACUGGAUAAAAUUACGCGGGAGUCACGCCAUACUCAGGAGUUACGUCACUUGCUGCAAAACAAGUUUGCCUUGGGUCGGUAAUUAAAACGCGCAACAUUGACAGAUUUUGAUGCAAAAGGUAGAACUUCUCUCUAGUUUCUGCAACAACUUUUUCGCAACUUGCUGAUUUGCUGCAAGGGGAGGUUUCAAUCGUGGGUAGUAAAAUGCGCAACAUCACUCUUCAACUAGUUUCCUAACAAUUUUGCAAAACAGGUUUCACGUUUUUGUUGUCCGUUUUACCAUAGCUUUAAUGCAGAGUGAGAUAAAACAGUUUUUAGAUGUGAAAUAUUUGCAGGGGCAGCGGUUUUUUUAUAGUCAAUUCACAUCACGUUGUUUAAACAUAAAUAUCUGAUUAAUCACUAGUCGAAACGAACGUUUUACAAAGUUCUAGUGUCGGAGGGAAGGGAAUAUAAUGAUUAUUUUAAUAGGAGAUUAUUUUAUCACGAGUCAAGUUUUUAACCUUGUCUUCUAGGGGGAGGUGCGAAAUUAAUACAGUAGUGAUUGUUCCAUAUAUAAAAACGCAAAAAACAAAACAAAACAAAACGAACCUUGCCAAUAUUCAGCUAUCUGGACCUCACGCUUGGUUAAAAGAGACCUUUAGAUUCGAGGACGAGAACUACUAGGAGUACGACUUUCGCUCUCCUCAAAAAGAAAAAUAGACACCAGGAAAACUCCAUUGUACUUUUGAUUCACCAGAAAAGUUAGCACUGUUACUCAUUGAAGGAAUUUAAGCCCUCUCCCGACCGAAAAUAAUAAAACUUAGCUUCUACCGUUUGAUAACUUGUUUUUGUCACAACGACAUUCUCGGCAAAACUCGUAGUAGAAUGACGACGGCUAUCACGUUUUCCCGCCAAACUGACGCUGGUUCAUUCGCGAUUACGAAAAUCUCGUACUCGUAGUUUUCCUCGUCUUAAAAACCAACAGUCACAAAUAACGUAUAUAAUACAUGUAUCUUACAGGUUUGUGUAGGAAGAAUAGUAUCAUGGAUAAUGCCCUCGUACCAGAUCAGGCCACCGAUUGAUCCAUCAGUCUUAAGCCAGGAUCCUACACAGGUGAUACAGAACUACACGGAAACUCAGCCGAGUUUACUUUCGCAAAGAGUUCUGGGAUUGUUACUAAGGACAGAGAAAAAGAUUGGCCAAUAGUUGACCGGUGCGACCCCAGUAACAAUCCCAGAAACAAUCGCGGGUCAAAUUUCUUCUCCAAUAAAAUUCCCUUCUCGUUUCUAAAAAGGCGAAUAACACAACUGAAAACUGCUCUCUUUUCCUGAGUCAAAGGAGGGAGACUUUCGUGUGCAUUUUAUACGCAUUUCCGAAGCCGAACAUGUUCCGGUGACUUUUGGAGGUUGCUGAAUGAGGCUGUGUUUAGUCCCUCAAACCGAUCGCGAAACUUGACAUUUCGUACCACUGACUGGAAUAUUUUGAGUAGAGAUUGAAUAAAAGUUUUUCAGUUUAAUGGUUAACGACAAGUCGUUCGGAAUUGUGAGUCAGGAAUUGAUGUUUUCCAUCCUUCAUGAUUGUGCAAUAAACUAGUAACGCUUGAGACCGGCGGGUUCGACGAGGGUCAUUCUGUCCUGUUCAAUUAAUUACCGUAGCCCUACGAUUAUACCCCCGGUGGAAGGGGAGGGGGGUGGCUACUCAACAAUGUUUUAUACGCGGAGGUUCCACCCCUAGGCCUAAAUCAUCACACAUUUAUCGUUGAAGGAGCUCGUCGUGUUUGUUUAGGGUUUUAGUCUCCCCGUAUAAAUUUCAAUGUCACUCAAUUCUUUGCACCAUCCAUUUAAUAACCAUAAAUCUUACAGAAAGUCGAAUUUCCUUGAGUACCGGGUGUCCCUCGCGCCUUCUUGCUUUCGCGGUCGACUUGUGGCAAGUCUAGGACUUCAAUAACACAAUGCGCCUUGUUUAUUACUAUUGUGUUAGGUUGAAAAGUAUGCCAAUGAUAGCCUAAACUGGCAUGAGGGAAUGAAAGUGAGAUGGGCCGGAGCUAUAUUAGACGCAAUGAAUGAAAUCCAGAGGAACUUGUCAAGGCUUACAACACCUUAUCUACUUGUCCAUGGUGAUGGAGAUCAAUUAGUGAAGGUUGACGGGUCACGUUACUUACAUGAGAAUUCCCCAAGUAACGACAAGACAUUUAAGGUACACGAAUGAGCUACUUUACUGACAGCACUGAGCGAACUAAUAACCUCUCUAUGGGUAUUUCCGACGCAUAGUUAGGGCUCUUGACGGUAUAUCAUAAGAGCAGGAAGAGGCGGUCUUAAAUCGGCGUUUGUUCCUGCCCGGGGUAGGAGUUUCGUCUGCUUUGUUCCAAGCAUAAUUAUUGUGAACUUAUCCCAACAAAAGUCGUGAUUUGUCUAAACCCUUUUAAUUCCAAGAGUGACCAACAUCUAUUUUCUCCUAACAAUGUCACCACAUUUUCAAGGGAAAAGGUUAUGAGAAUUUUUAAAAUAAUCACCAAAGAGGAAAUUACCGUCUCCAAACGGGUGUCUAAAGAAUAAAAUAAAGUUUUCCCUCUUCGGCCAAUUUUCCGUCCCGUUGUCAUUUUUAAAUCUACCUAUUAUUAUAUCAUUAUAAACUCAGCUGCGAGUAAAACUUGCUUUGCAGGUGUACCAAAAUGGACGCCAUGAACUGUUGAAUGAGGUGGAAGAAACUGCAAGCGUGGUUUACAAGGACAUUCUUGACUGGAUUCACCAAAAGUUACCUUGA